UUAAUUUAUUAACAUCCCUAACAUUAAUCGUGUAGCUUGUGAGUUGACAAAAAUUUUUGUAGAAGCAAUUUUCGCAAAUUGAGCAAUCAAAAAGGAACUUCACACAAUGAGCGAAGGAGCAGGCAAUUGGUGUCUUAUAGAAAGUGAUCCAGGCGUAUUCACAGAGCUGAUACGCGAAUUUGGCUGCGAUGGCGCACAAGUGGAAGAAAUCUGGAGCUUGGACAGUGAAUCAUUCAAAGACUUAGAACCUAUACAUGGUCUGAUAUUUUUGUUCAAAUGGGUGCAGGAAGACGAGCCCGCUGGGAAAGUUGUCCUGGAUCGGGAUCACAUAUUCUUUGCCAAGCAAGUGAUUAACAAUGCCUGUGCAACGCAAGCCAUACUUAGCUUGCUAUUAAACCUCAAUCAUGAGGAUAUUAAACUGGGCGAAACACUAACCAAUUUCAAGGAGUUCUGCCAGGGCUUCGAUCCCUACAACAAGGGACUCACACUGAGCAAUGCCUCCCAGAUACGCACGGUGCACAAUUCAUUUGCCCGUCAAACGCUCUUUGAGCUGGAUAUGAAGAAUCAAAACAAGGAUGAGGAUGUCUAUCACUUUGUUGGCUAUAUGCCCAUUGCCGGGCGUCUAUAUGAGCUGGACGGUCUGCGCGAGGGACCCAUCGACUUGGGCGAGAUCAAGCCAGAUCAAAAUUGGAUUGAUGUGGUGCGACCGAUCAUUGAGAAGCGCAUGCAGCGUUACAGCGAUGGUGAGAUACAUUUCAAUCUAAUGGCACUAAUCUCCGACAGACAGCGAAUCUAUGAGAAACAAAUCGAAAAACUUCUCAAUCCGGCUGCCGAUGCCAUGGACACUGCAGAUGAUCGUCAGACUGAAAUCAAUAGCUUACGCUCGUACAUACAGUACGAAAUUGAGAAGAAAAAACGAUACAAGAUAGAGAACGUGCGACGCAAACACAACUAUUUGCCGUUUAUUGUGGAGCUUUUAAAAAUGCUGGGUGAGACUGGACAAUUGUUGCCCAUUUAUGAAAAGGCCAAGCAGCGGGCGCUAGAGCGCGAGCAGAAAAUGAGCAAAAAAGAAACAAAUUAAUAGAUGUUUACCAACACUCUCUUUAAGAGCAAUUCAAAAUUGCGCGCGCUAGUUGGAAAAAAUAUACACAACAUAUUCUUAUUGAUAUAUUUAAGUAAGAAAUCUUUUUUGUUAGGGCGUCGCGUGUGUGUGUUAGUUAAGCCACCCAUAUUAACUGCCUUGUAUCGUA